CCCAGACACACCCACCACCAGUAGGACCUGUCGACAAGAGACACGGUGUGACAUUUCUGACUCUCUCCACUCGACUCGGCAGAUUCGUGCUUUAUCCACUCUCAAUUACCUACACUCUGCAACUGGUGAGAAUCAAGAUGGCGGACGUCCAGGCCCUGUUUGACAAGUACGAUGAGAACAAGGACGGGUCCAUUUCUGCAGAGGAGCUGCUCAAUGUAGUCAGGGAGAUGGAGCUGCCGUGGACCAACAAAUUAGUCUCGGCUAUGAUCAGAGAGCGUCAGGUCAACGCGAAGGGAGUCAUGGACCUGAAUGACUUCACUAAAGUGGUGAAGUCCUUGGAGGAAAUCAAAAAGUCUCUGAGAAACCCAGAGGAGACCCAGGAAGCAAUGGUGGCGGCCUUCAAUAAGAUAGACAAGAACGGUGACGGUUUCCUGUCCCAUGACGAGCUGAGGGAAGGCCUGUCCACCGUGGUCGGUAUGGAGCUGUCCGCGGCGACCAUCGCCGAGUUAGUCCGGGUGGCAGACGCCAACUCGGACGGACAGGUGGACGUCAAGGAGUUUGUGCAGAUGGUCACAAGUUUCUUCUGAUGCGUGGCCAUGGUGACGAUGCGUUGCCAUGGUGACAAUGCGUUGCCAUGGUGACAAUGCGUUGCCAUGGUGACAGUUGCCAUAUAAGGCUUCGCACCUCAUCGAUCUGCGCGCCUGCUUUUAUUCUAGAUGGGUAUUUAGUGAGAUUUCGGUGAUUUGGGUUGUUGUUAAACCUGUAGAUUUUCAGCAAGGAAUCGUUUAAAAGUCACCCUGGUUCUAAUAAUGUACGAUUUUAUGCAAGAUUCUGACAAAAUAUCGGGUUCUGAUGAAAAAUACAUAAUGUUACAUAUACGCAUUGUAACAAACCAUCAGAUAUGUUUGACGGUCACCAUCAUAGAAUUUAUACUAGCAAACUAUGCAUGUGUGAUAUGUUUUUGUUUUAGGAUGCUGUUGAAGCUAUGUGAAAAUACAACAUGAAACCAGAG